GCCUGUAAACUUCAUUUUGAAGUAUCACCAUUGAAGAUUGUGCGAGCAUCUAAACAAUAUAUUUAUGAUGAAAUUGGUACAGAAUAUUUGGAUUGUAUUAAUAAUGUAUCACAUGUUGGUCAUUGUCAUCCCCAUGUAGUGAAUGCAGGACAGACCCAGAUGGGUUUACUCACAACUUCUAAUGGUUUCCUGAAUGAUAAUAUGACAGAAUAUGCUAGACGUUUAAUAGCAACUCUUCCAGAUAAAUUAUGUGUUUGUUACUUUGUUAACUCAGGGUCAGAGGCAAAUGAUUUAAGUCUAAGAUUAGCUCGAGCAUACACAAAGAAAGAAGAUGUCAUGGUGUUAGAAAAUGCAUUCCACGGUAACCUUGGUAACUUAAUAGAUAUUAGUCCACUGAAAUAUAAAAAACUUAAUGUGAAGAAGAAAGACUGGGUACAUGUGGUAUCAUGUCCUGAUACAUUUCGUGGUAAAUAUAGAGAUGAACAAACUGCAGCUCUAUCUUAUGCUAAUGAUGUUCAGACAGCUUUACUAGAAAUACAACGUAGAGAUAGAGGGUUAGCUGCAUUUAUCUGUGAACCACUAAUAUCUAAUUGUGUAGUCACAUUCCCUAAAAAUUACUUAAAAACGGUGUACAGAUCUGUAAGAGAUCAUGGUGGAGUAUGUAUAGCAGAUGAAGUACAAGUCGGUUUGGGUAGAACAGGAGAAUUUUGGGGAUUUCAGAUACAUGAUGUCGUGCCUGAUAUAGUUGCUAUAGGAAAACCAAUUGGUAAUGGCCAUCCAAUGGCUUGUGUUGUAACUUCUAAAGAAAUUGCAGAUUCAUUAGCAGAAUAUGGUAGUUCAUUUGGGGGAAAUCCUGUAUCAUGUGCUGUUGGUAUGGCAGUAUUAGAUGUUAUACAGAAUGAGAAACUACAGUCAGCAGCUAGAUCUGUUGGUAAAUGUUUAAUUGAUGGUUUCCAAGCAAUUCAAUCUAGUCAUUGUAUGAUGGGAGAUGUCAGGGGUCAAGGUAUGAUUGUAGGGGUGGAAUUAGUCAUGGAUAAAGAAAGUAGAAAACCUGCUAAAGAAGCAGCUGAAAUUUUAUGUUACAGAAUGAAAGCAGAAAAUAUAAUAAUAGCUCAUGAUGGACCAGACAGUAAUAUAGUGAUUUUAACACCACCGUUAUGUUUUAACUGUGAUAACGCUCGACGUGUUAUACAGGCCUUUGAUAACAUAUUACGCAGUAUUGAA